CUGGAUGCCAACGAUUUGGCAAAGAAAAACAUAUUCCGAGCCUCCGAUAAUGCGGUGUACAAGGUUUACCGAGUUGUUUGUCUCAUACUCAACGUGCGAGGUAUUGGAACGCCAUGGCAAGCAAAGCAUCUUUCCGGCUUCCCCCGGUUCUACCAGCGUGAAAAAAGACGUGAACCAACUGCCAUCCGGUUCGUAUUUCGUCAGGCACUUAUCCUUGCAUGGCAAUGUCUCCUUCUAGAUAUCAUUUACACCUCAUCGCUGAGCACGCCAAAGGAGGACACACAGAGGCUUUUCGGUCCAGGAACAGAAUAUAUGUAUCUGGACGCCACUGCCGAGCAAUGGGCGGGCCGUUGUUUCGUUGGGAUCAUUGCAUGGGUAAUACCCGGUAGAGUAUCCAUCGAUUUGCCAUACCGUCUCUUAUCGCUUGUCUCGGUCCUCUUUGGCUUUACGUCACCUCAAGAAUGGCCGCCGCUGUUUGGGAGCAUUUGGGAUGCAUACACUAUUCGAGGCUUUUGGAGUACAUUCUGGCACCAGUACUGUCGCUGGGCUCUCACAUCAAUCAGUAACUUUUUAUGUCGAGACUUUCUGCGGCUUCCACGGCCGUCUAUAGUCGAGCGCUACUUGAACAUCUCAGUCGUCUUCGUAGGAUCAGCUGUUGUACACAUGGCUAUUGAUACGUUUUGUUGGGGGCCGCCUACAAAGCCAAAGCCAAUGCUACCUGCAUUGGCUUUCUUCGGCUCCUUCAUUGUCGGUAUCAUUAUCGAGGACACGGUUCAAGCUCUAUGUCGCCGCAUCACCGGUGCAAAGAAGCAAGAUGGAGAUGACGGAGUCCCUGUAUGGCACAGGCUUGUAGGCUACAUUUGGGUAUCAUUUUGGUUCAUCAUGACAUCGUCUUGGUAUCUGUACCACAACAGUCGGCUACCGCCAGAUGAUACAUGGAUGGUGCCGUUCAGCGUUGUGGACACAAUUGGUAUGGACACAGCCCAGAAAGUGCUGCUUGCCAGUGGCUUGGUCUUGAGGUUUGCAGUUGGCAUUGAGGUGUAA